GGAAGUCCCGCCUGCGCCCGACGGCGGAAGUUCCGGGAGUGCCCAGUCCCCGCGUGCUGACGGCUGCCGGCAUGGCGCACUACAACUUCAAGAAAAUUACGGUGGUGCCGUCCGCCAAGGACUUUAUUGACCUGACGUUGUCGAAGACUCAACGAAAGACUCCGACCGUUAUUCAUAAACAUUACCAAAUUCAUCGCAUUAGACAUUUUUACAUGAGAAAAGUCAAAUUUACUCAACAGAAUUAUCAUGAUAGACUUUCACAAAUUCUAACAGAUUUCCCUAAGUUGGAUGACAUUCAUCCGUUCUACGCUGAUUUGAUGAAUAUUCUGUACGACAAAGAUCACUACAAGUUGGCUCUGGGGCAAAUAAAUAUUGCCAAAAAUUUAGUGGACAAUGUUGCUAAAGAUUAUGUGCGGUUGAUGAAGUAUGGCGACUCUCUCUACCGCUGCAAGCAGCUGAAGCGUGCGGCCCUGGGGCGGAUGUGCACCGUGAUCAAGAGGCAGAAGCAGAGUUUGGAGUAUCUGGAGCAAGUGCGUCAGCAUUUAUCCCGUUUACCAACCAUUGAUCCAAAUACCAGGACUCUGCUUCUGUGUGGGUACCCAAAUGUUGGCAAGUCCAGCUUCAUCAAUAAGGUGACAAGAGCAGAUGUGGAUGUCCAGCCCUAUGCGUUCACAACCAAGUCUCUGUUUGUUGGGCAUAUGGAUUAUAAGUAUCUACGUUGGCAGGUUGUAGACACUCCUGGGAUCCUGGACCACCCUCUGGAGGACAGGAACACGAUCGAGAUGCAGGCCAUCACCGCCCUGGCCCACCUCCGUGCUGCCGUGCUGUACGUGAUGGACGUGUCCGAGCAGUGUGGGCACGGGCUGAGGGAGCAGCUGGAACUCUUCCAGAACAUCAGACCUCUCUUCAUCAACAAGCCUCUUAUAGUUGUAGCCAACAAAUGUGAUGUGAAGAGAAUAGCUGAACUUCCUGAAGACGAUCAGAAAAUAUUUACAGAUUUGCAGGCUGAAGGGUUCCCUGUAAUAGAGACCAGCACCCUGACUGAGGAAGGUGUUAUUAAAGUUAAAACAGAGGCUUGUGAUAGGCUUUUAGCUCAUCGAGUGGAAACCAAAAUGAAGGGAAAUAAAGUGAAUGAGGUGCUGAAUAGACUGCAUCUGGCUGUCCCAACCAGGAGGGACGAUAAGGAGAGGCCCCCUUUCAUCCCUGAAGGAGUGGUGGCACGCAGGAAGAGGAUGGAAAUAGAGGAGCCCAAGAAGAAGAGGGAACGAGAUCUUGAGCUGGAAAUGGGAGAUGAUUACAUUUUGGAUCUUCAGAAGUACUGGGAUUUAAUGAAUUCGUCUGAAAAACAUGAUAAGAUACCAGAAAUCUGGGAAGGCCAUAAUAUCGCUGAUUAUAUUGAUCCAGCCAUUAUGAAGAAAUUGGAAGAAUUAGAAAAAGAAGAAGAGCUGAGAACAGCUGCUGGAGAGUAUGACAGUGACUCUGAGAGUGAAGAUGAGGAGAUGCUGGAAAUCCGACAGCUGGCAAAGCAGAUUAGAGAGAAGAAGAAGUUGAAAAUUCUGGAGUCCAAAGAAAAGAAUACACAGGGACCCAGGAUGCCUCGAACUGCUAAGAAGGUUCAGAGGACAGUUUUGGAGAAUGAGAUGCGUAGUCUUGGUGUUGACAUGGACAAUAAAGACAACGCCCACUACGCAGUCCAGGCAAGAAGAUCCCGGAGCGUCACUAGGAAAAGAAAGCGGGAAGACUCUGCUCCCCGCUCCUCUGUGGCCCGGAGUCACAGUCGGAGUUGCUCUCGAGCUCCACGUGACGUUUCUGGUCUUCGGGAUGUCAAGAUGGUGAAGAAAGCCAAGACCAUGAUGAAGAAUGCUCAGAAGAAGAUGAAUCGGUUGGGGAAGAAAGGGGAGGCAGACAGACAUGUGUUUGAUAUGAAGCCCAAGCACUUACUCUCUGGAAAGAGGAAAGCUGGCAAAAAGGACAGGAGAUAGGGUCCCUGCCGUUGGUGUGGCUUGGCGAGGCUGCGGCUGUUGAUUUGCUGGCUUGGUACAGUAUGAUUUCAUGAAAUUGGAGUUAUCUAUAAACUGAAAAAGAG